AUGGAGCAAAGGGUUCAGAAGGAGCACAUGGGUGGCCACCUCCCCACCCGCCUCAAAGGACUAGACAAUGCCUUAUGUGGUGGGAUUCCAUUUGGGGUUUUAACUGAGCUGGUUGGUCCUGCUGGCAUUGGCAAAACUCAGCUUUGCCUGAAGCUCGCAUUGUUGGCCUCGUUGCCGACAGCUUAUGGAGGUUUAGGUGGUCGUGUAAUAUACAUUGAUGUAGAAUCUAAAUUCAGUUCAAAAAGGUAA